AUGCUACGAAUUGCUUAUUUUUCUCUUUCCUUUAUUAUUCUGUCCUUUUUAUUUUUUUCUGGUCAUAAUGCAUUACCGAAUGAGGAAGACAAAAAUAAAAAAGCUAUACUGUUAGCUUUAUUAACUAAUACGUUUAUCAAUAAUAAAGAAUAUAAAAAUGGAGAAGAUAUAAAUAUUGCAUUAGAAAAUAUAAAUAAUAUGAAAUUACACCCAACUGAUAAUGAUAAAUUUGAUAAAUUUUUGGAUGCACUCUUUAAACAUCAUAAUAUUUAUGUAACUUUGGACGAUCACGAUAAAAGAAUAAUACAUAUCUCGGGGGUGUUAAGUGAAUUUUAUGUUGAUGUAGAUACAUUAACUGAGGAAAAACAAAAAGAAUACUUUAACACUUUUUAUGAAAAAGGACAUACCUUGAUUAAUUUAAUAUUACACAGUAAUUUAAUACACACUAAACAUGACAAAGAUGUGAAUAAAGAAAAUCAUAAAGAAGAAACAAAACCAAAUCACCCGGACAGUCCAAUACCUGAUGAAGAGCCUAAUCUUGAGAAGGAACCUAUACCUGAUGACGUUUCUAAGGGUGAAGUAAAUCAUCAGCUUAAUUAUAAUAAUGUGUAUGAUAGCGAUAUCGAGGUUGAGUCAAAUCAUGAGGUUGAGCCAAAUCAUGAGGUUGAGCCAAAUCAUGCGGUUGAGCCAAAUCAUGCGGUUGAGCCAAAUCAUGCGGUUGAGCCAAAUCAUGCGGUUGAGCCAAAUCAUGCUACUGAACCAAAUCAUGCGACUGAGCCUAAUCCUGAGAAUGAACCUAUACCUGAUGACGUUUCUAAGGGUGAAGUAAAUCAUCAGCUUAAUUAUAAUAAUGUGUAUGAUAGCGAUAUCGAGGUUGAGUCAAAUCAUGAGGUUGAGCCAAAUCAUGAGGUUGAGCCAAAUCAUGCGGUUGAGCCAAAUCAUGCGGUUGAGCCAAAUCAUGCUACUGAACCAAAUCAUGCGACUGAACCAAAUCAUGCGACUGAGCCAAAUCAUGCGGUUGAGCCAAAUCAUGCGACUGAGCCUAAUCCUGAGAAUGAACCUAAUCCUGAGAAUGAACCUAUACCUGAUGACGUUUCUAAGGGUGAAGUAAAUCAUCAGCUUAAUUAUAAUAAUGUGUAUGAUAGCGAUAUCGAGGUUGAGCCAAAUCAUGCGGCUGAGCCUAAUCCUGAGAAUGAACCUAUACCUGAUGACGUUUCUAAGGGUGAAGUAAAUCAUCAGCUUAAUUAUAAUAAUGUGUAUGGUAGCGAUCAUGAGGAUGAGACAAAUCAUGAGACCGAGUUCAAACAAGAAGAGACUCACAAUUAUGAGUAUGAGGCCAAGCAAGAGGAUGAACAUAAGGAACAUUAUGAACACAGUCAUACGAAUGAACCCGAAAAAGAAGUCGCACACAGUUAUGAGGCCGAGCACAAAAAAGAAGACAAGCCCAUGCAAGAGAAUGAAGAGAACUACCAAUAUGGAGACGAUCAAGAAUAUGAUGAAGAAGAAUUUAAGAAUAAGAAUGUUGAAUAUAUACAAAAGAAAUUAAAAAAUUUGCUUGCGAUGAAAAGUAUUAAAUUAAAUAAUAACUCAAAUGGAGAAUUUAAAGUUAAUUUUUACACAAAUUAUGUGAAUUAUAUCAACCAGCCCCCCUCAAACAGUGGAUCUAAUCAUCAGGAGAAAUAUGAAUAUACUGAAAUAAAUCAAGAGAGUAAAAAGAAAAAAAAAAAAAGCGACAAAAUGGAUUAUAACAGUUAUUUUGUUAAGGAAGUGCCCACUGUAGUAGGUGAAGAUGAGGGAGAAGGGGAUGAUAUUGUGAAUACAAAUGAUAUUAAACAGGUGAAUGAAAAUUUAUAUAAUACAAAUAAAGCAUAUGAUCAUAUGUAUAAUAAAAAGAUUGAAGGGAUGGAAGAAAAAGCUAAUAAAUAUUAUCCGUAUGAUGACUCAAGUGAAUACGCAGACAACGCAAGAUAUUUGAAAAAAGGGAAUGAGCUGAACAAAGAAGGUAACAAUUAUUAUUAUUAUGAUGAUGGAAAAACUCAACAUCGUAGGAGUAACGAGUACGAGCAAGAUAGAGGAAAUAUAAAUGGGAUGAAAAUGAGUAAUAAAAAACCCGGAAAAAGCGAGGCGAAGGCUUCACAUUUUCCGUACACUUACUACAAUCCAUAUUAUAUGUAUAGUCUGAAUAGCACCGGAUCCCCAAAAUAUAAUAGUAAUAGUAAAUACAAUAAUGGGUACACUAAUGGGCACAAUAAUGAAUACAACUAUGAAUACAGCAAUAAAUACAACGACAAAUACAACGACAAAUACAACAACAAAUACAGUAAUAAAUACAGUAAUAAAUACAAUAAUGAAUACAAUAAUGAAUACAAUAAUGAAUACAAUAAUGAAUACAAUAAUAAAUACAAUAACGAAUACAAUAAUAAAUACAAUAAUAAAUACAAUAACGAAUACAAUAAUAAAUACAAUAACGAAUACAACAAUAAAUACAACAAUAAAUACAACAAUAAAUACAGCGAUAAAUACAGCGAUAGAUACAAAAAAUAUAAUAAUAAUUAUUAUAAUAAUUAUAAUAAAAAGCAAAACAAAAAGAGCCUGUACGAUUUCAUGCUUCAGAAGAAGGCUUUAGAAAAAGAACAUAUGCUAAAAAACAAUUAUGAAAACCAAGAGAGUAAUACAAAAAAAAAUAAAAUAGGAUUAUUCUUGGAUACACUAACAGAACUUGCUCGUUACAUAGAGUCAACUAUUAACAAGAAUAAAAUAAAUGCAAGCAAAAUGAAAAAUAAUCAAUUGGGCGAUAAUAAACAUGAUGCUAUACAACAGAGUAAAAAACGACCUAUACAUAAAAGAAAAGAAAUGAAAAGUAGGAAAAUGAAAACAAAAACUGAUUUGGUAGAUGAAAAAGAAAAAGAAAAAAUUCAAGAUACUAUGUUUGUUAAAAUUGGUCAGAAUGGUACAAUUGGGCUUUUAAAUUUUUUCGAUUUUAGAGAAGGUCUUUUAAAGAACAAUUUUAAAGACUUAAUAUAUGUAAUGGAAUAUUUAAAUGUAUUUAAUAUUACUGAAACUAUUAUGUUUAUACAAAAGUUUACUGAGAGUAUUUGUGCAUCUUACUGUAUGGGUAUAACAAAUGUUUUAGAAUUGUCAAAUAAUGAUAUGUUGUUAUACGAAAAAAUGAGAUUAAUUUUUAACAAUCAAGGUAUGACAGUAGUAACAAAAAAUUCUGAAUAUGAAUUUAAUGAUGCAGAAUUUGAAAAAUUUUUACUUUUAUUAAAUUUAAAUAAAUAUACUAUACCUUUAAACUGUCCUUGCAAGUUUUAUACUAACAAUAUUAUUAGCUAUUACAUACAAUAUAAUUCAGGUUUAAAGGGGAAUUUUUAUCAAUUGAAAAAAUCACAAUUUACAGAAAAGUUCUCUCCUUCUUAUCUAUUAGAUAAAUUAAUUGUUCUACAAGAUAAAUUGAAUUAUAUUAGAAAACAUGGAAAACUAGAAGUAAAUAAAAGAGCAGUUAAAAAUGAAGAUGACGAUGAUGAUGAUUUUCAUGAAAAUGUGUAUUAUCACAAGCAACGAUAUAUUCCUACUAUAAGAACAUUAAAUGUAGAAAAUAAUAGUAAUACUACGGAUAAUACUGUAAACAAUUUUACAUAUCCAGACAUGGACUUAUUAAUUGUAUACUACAAUUCACCAUUAGUAAAUUUUAAAAAUUUAACGGAUGUAAAAAAUAUUCUUAUUGAAGAAGUCAAUUCAAAAAUAUUUUAUAUCAACUCUUUUCGAAUAGGUAACCAAUUUUUCCCAACCUACAGCAACUUAGGAAAAGAUGACCACGAUCUAGAAAUCUUAGAAGAAGUAAAUGCUUCUAAAAUUAAUGCACCUAGUAGGAAUAGCGGUAAAUCUACCUCUAAAUCUACCACUUCUAAUCAAAAUAAUGGUAAACAUGUAUCCCACUUAGGAUGUUUUACCUUACCAAACGUAAAGUCAUUGGAUAAACACAAUAACAAACAAAACGAGGACAACUUUUUAUCUUCCCCUAUUAAAGUACAAGGGGAUUGUGAAUGGGUUCCUUUAAAAAGUCCACAAAAUUAUGAAGAUUUUUAUAAUGAAAAGAAACGAAAUACGGGUUUAUUUGAAAAGAGUGAAGAAAGUAACAAUGAAAAUAAAUUAAGUGAUGAUUUAAAUUUAAAAUAUAACUUUUUUGAAAAUGGAGAUAUAGAUAAUAAAAAAGAAGAAGAUUUGUACGCAAAAAAUAUACAUGCUAAUGAUACUAGUGAAACGGACUCGUUACCACUAAAUGGUAAAACAAAGAAGAAAUAUCAUAGCAACAAAAGCAACAUCAGUAGUAACAGCAAUAGUAACAACAUUGGUAAUAACGAUAGCAAUGUGAAAAAGAGUAUAAAGGCAAAAUAUCUAAUUUAUUUUUUUAAAAAUAUACAUGUGUGGAAAACCCAAGUGUACUGUCAAAAUAUGAACUAUAUCAAUAAUUUACUGGAAAACAUAAACUAUGAUGAAGAUAUUAUAUUCCAGGAAAAUUUAGAAGAGGAUAUUGUCUAUGUUUAUUUUACCAGCAAAUUAGGAGUAAAAUAUGAUAUUGAUGUUAAUUAUUUUAUAUUUUUAUUACAAAAAAUAUCCUUAAUAAUGUAUGUAGAAGAUUUAUGUGGUAUUUUCCAAUUAGAUGAUGUUAAACAAAAUCAAAAAUUAGACAGACAUUUAGAGAAUACUACAAAUACACAAAAUUUUAUAGAAAAACAUAUUAUAUUUUUUUAUGAACAAUAUUCUAAUAAAAAUAAAUAUGCAAAACAGUUAUCUAACAUUUCUACCUCUACUUUCUUUUCUUCUAAAAAAGAUAUAAUUUUGAAUACAGAAUCGUAUAAUAAUAUUAUUUUUAAUGAAAAGGAUAUUUACGAUGUUAUGUUUAUUUAUAUGGAAGAUGUGUUGACAGAAAAAAUGGUUAUUGAUACUUGGCUUACGCCAUAUGGUUUCAUGUUAUAUAAACCAAAUAAUGAUAGCGGUAAUAAUGAUAAUAUCAAAUUGUCAAUAUCUAAAAAUGAAAAUAUAACUAAACAUUCAAGAAACUCUAUAGAUAAAUAUUUAUUUUAUGAAUAUAAAAAAAUAAGCAAUAACAUUUUACAAUAUUAUGAUGAUUUGAAUUCUAAAAUUCCUCAAUUUAAAGAUAACCUAAAAGAAUAUAAAUUAGUCAUAUAUAAUGAUAAUCCAUCUAUGACAAAUAUUGUUCUUACAACAACUAUAAACGUAUUAAAUGUUGCCCUAUUGCAAAGUAUAUUAGAAGUAGUAUUAGAAAUCAAAGCAAAUCAACAAUUCUUUUCCUACAAUGGUAAAUUUAUAUCAUUAAAUACAUUCAUCAUCUUAGACGAGGGUAUAAAUUAUCUCUUCUUUAACUACAUCCCUAAUGAAAAUCACCCUGCGUUAAGUAAUACCGGAUAUGCCUGA